AUGGAGGUUGUUAACCAAAAAAAUCUUGCCUCCAGUUACAGCCCAAAUGCGAUCCCCCCCCUCGUUCAAUCUAAAGUCCUAAACCAUCUUCAUGGCGAUUCCACGUUCAAAGACUCCUUCUUUGUUGCGGACGAAACUUACAUCCAACAUCAGCUGAAAAGAUGGGAAAGUCGAUUCGAGGAUAUUCAGCCUUUCUAUGCAAUGAAAUGCAAUGAUAAUCCCACCGUUCUGAAAAUACUUGCAAAAAAUGGAGCAGGGUUUGACUGUGCGUCCAAAUCAGAGAUCAAGCGGAUUCUUGAGCUCGGGGUUGAACCUCAUCGCAUUCUCUUUGCUGCACCAUUCAAGUCAGAAGACCAUGUUCUAUAUGCCAAAAAACACGGCGUGGAACAAACAAUGUUUGACAGUGAAGACGAGUUACGAAAGUUAGCAACGUAUUUCCCAACUGCAGCUCUGUAUCUUCGUUUGUGGGCCGACGACCCGACCUCGCGGGCUCGACUGUCCGAAAAAUUCGGUGUUAGGCUACAAGAAGCCAAGGAGCUUCUCAAACUAGCAAAGGACCUCAACAUGCGAGUCGUGGGACUUUGCUUUCAUGUCGGCUCCAGUGCAUCUGACUGCGAUGCAUAUCGUCGAGCAAUUGCCCUCACCCGAGAAGUUUAUGAUUAUAAUGAAACUUUCGGGGAGGGGAGAAAACACCCGAUAGGCACAGUCGACGUUGGAGGUGGGUUUUCAAGUGAAAACUUUGAUGACGCAGCAACUGCUAUCCGGCAAGCCAUCCGAGAAUAUUUUGACAUAGAAAGAAAGAUUCGGUGGGUAGCUGAACCCGGUCGUUUCUUCGUCCAUGAAGCAUUUCACCUUAUAUGCCGGGUGAUUGGGACUCGACCUAAAGGGCGUUUAGACCACCAAACUGCUUUAGGAGAGACAAUCCCAACAGGAGAUAUUUAUAUCAAUGAUGGCAUAUAUCAUAAUUUUCUGAACGCUCUAACAGAAAAAGUGGUGCCACAGCCUAUUUUGCUGGAUAAAUCUGGCGUGCCGUGUAGGCAAAGUAACGAGGCGCGGGGGAAGUAUACUGUCUGGGGGCAGACGUGCGAUAGUUUCGACAAAAUACUCAUGGACUGUCCCCUCCCCUCAGGGGCUAGGGUCGGCGAGUGGUUGUAUUUUCCAGCUAUGGGAUGUAAGUGGUAUGCUCUGGUGUGA